GAUGCCGUCAUUUUGUAGUGGACAAGUAACAAAGCUGCUGUCGCCAUCUUGGUUGACCUUGAAUAUCCUCAAUUUGCAAACUUCAACUCAUUCGUUCAUUAAUUUUAAUCCACAUACAGUGACGUGUGACUUUUUCAUACUUUGAUAUCUAAUUGUUAAGAUUGUUUUGUUUUUUUUCUACAGAGUGGGGAAAUACCAGGUGGCAAUGAAGGUGCUACGACCUGUCCUGGCAUCGGUUGUUAUUCCAGCGACAAUAGCAACAUUCCUGUUAACUCCUAUGGUCAGCAAAGCAGUGUGGAACUCCACUCCUCUCCGGAAUCAAUCCUCUGCAACAAAACAAAAGCAAAAAUCAAAGGCCAUUGUGGUGACAUCACUAGGAACAUGGCGCACUUUGAAUCGGAGCAUUGACCUAGGCUGGGUCACAGAUGCGAAGUACACGUCUUUGGAGAUCGUCAACACUAAACAAACGUACCACGUAGGGGACAUCCUUGAACUUGAGGUUGUAGCAAGGGAUGGCAACAAACGACCUAAGGUGUAUGGCGGUGACUACUUCCGAGCAGUUUUACGAGACAAGUCCCAGACUGCCAGUACAACAGGUGCGGUACGGGACCACGGGAACGGUCUGUACACCAUUAGUUUCCUCCUCAGUUUCCCGGGUAAGGUGACGCCUGAAGUACAACUCGUCCACCCCAGCGAAGCCGUGCAAUUUCUGAGGGAAUUCAGAGAGGUUCCAAACAAAAGACGAUGGUCCUGUGCAUUUAAAUUUACAGGUGAAGACGCUACAACAAUGUGUACGCUUCUUUCAAACCGACCUCUGCCUUUGUCAAGUCAAUGUGACUUUUCCGUACCAAACACAAGCCGAACUUGGUUUUGCGAAAAGCCGAAGACAGCAUCUUGUGACAGAAUACGUGUCUGUACAUCUUCCCAGGACGUCGUGGACAAACUGAUGACUCAAGAAGAGCAACAACUUUUCGAAAGGUAUGAGAAAAGUUAAUACAUACAGGAAAGUUGUUCCAUCUGGAG